CGGCUGUCGGGGGUUUCGGUGGUCACUGAUCCAAGCCCGAAAUAAAACACACUAUGUUUCGGGCUCUCCUCGCCAGUCGGCUCCCCUAAAUGCGCUGCAAACGCCGAAAAGGCUGCUAUCGGGGUUUUGCGGAGCAACCCAAGAGAGAUCCGGGGAGUUGGCAGGGUUUUCAAGUGUUUUUGUAGACACUGGCCAGGGGUGCGGCCUAGCCGAGACCGCGGGUCGGUGGGAGGAUUUACGGCCUUCAGAAACACCAUAAGCUGUUUUUUGUUUAAACGUAUAUUUCCGAGAAUGAACAUGCGUGGAACCCGCUUAUGAAAAAGGGCUGUACCAAGGUGAUGAAGAAGGUUAAGCUCCUUUGCACUUUUGGCUGAUGCUCACAUCCAUGUCAGUUCGCUGUUUAUAUCAAGCCACAAAGUGUUCCUGAAAACAUUAUUACAUAUAAUUUUUUUCUUCAUUUGUCAUUCUCACGAGCUGUCAAAAUAAGUUCCUCUCUGCCUCCCCACCUUUCCCAUCGUGGGCAGUCCAACAUUCCCUUCCCCCUAAAUUCGUCUGGAAAGAGGUUAAACUACGGCUCAAAGCUGAAUCCGUACACCCGAGCCCGGAUGACGGAGGCGUGGCAGCAGCAUGCUGUUGCCCCGCCUCCAGUGGUGCACACCAUCCCACCAGGGGCGGACACACUGGGCUGCACUGUCUACGGCAUCGUCCUCCAGCCGGACACGGCAUUGCAACAACAACAGCAGCAGCAGCAGCAACAAUCCCAGCAACAACAGCAACAUCACAGUCAGCAGCUCAACCAGCAGCAGCAUCCGGCACAAGCGCAGCAGCCCUCAUUGCAUGUAGGGAGCGAGGAAGGACACAAGUGUGGUGCAUGUGGCCAUGACAUCUCCCAUCUGGCUAAUCCCCAUGAGCACCAGUGCAUGGUGAGCCAAGACCGUUCGUUUCAGUGCACGCAGUGUCUGAAAAUCUUCCACCAAGCCACUGACCUGUUGGAGCAUCAGUGCGUGCAGGUGGAGCAGAAACCCUUUGUGUGCGGAGUGUGCAAGAUGGGCUUCUCCCUGUUAACUUCUCUAGCGCAGCAUCACAAUGCCCAUAACAGUGGCAACCCCAUGAAGUGCUCCAUAUGUGAAAAAACAUAUCGGCCGGGUUCUGGAAAUGCCACGCCAACUUCAUCAACGGGCACUCCAGGGCAACCAUCUAACGACGAAGCAUCGUCCAGUGGCAGCGCUGCUGUCGGGACGUCAGGCCAGCCUACGUUUGAGCCUUCGCAACCUGACAGGCCCUACAAGUGUUCCGUGUGCUCCAAGGGUUUCCGUCACUUAUCUGAGCUCACCCGUCAUGAACGCGUCCACACGGGCGAGAAGCCUUUUAAAUGUGAAACAUGUGACAAAAGCUUUAGCCAGUCCUCUCAUCUAGCCCACCACCAGCGUACCCACAGCUCAGAACGGCCGUUCAAGUGUGCGGUGUGCGAGAAGAGCUUCAAGCACCGAUCCCACCUAGUCCGUCACAUGUACGCCCACUCGGGUGAGCACCUGUUCAAGUGCAACCUUUGCGAGUUGCACUUCAAAGAGUCUUCCGAGCUCCUCCACCACCAGUGUCAGCCGCAAGGUGCUCGGCCAUUUCGCUGCGCCACGUGCGGGAAGGGCUUCAAGCGUCCGUCCGACCUGAGACAGCACGAACGUACUCACUCGGAGGAACGCCCAUUCCACUGUGAAGACUGCCAGAUGAGCUUUAAACAACAGUAUGCCCUGGUGCGCCACCGACGCACGCACAAGCCCUCCGCCGACCGCCCCUUCAAAUGCAACCUUUGUGACAAGGGCUUCCUGCAGCCGUCCCACUUGUUGUACCACCAGCAUGUUCACGGCAUGGACAACCUUUUCAAGUGCGCCUCCUGCGGCAAGGGCUUCAGCCAGUCGGGUGAGCUGCUCCGCCACAAAUGUGGUGAGUCCUCCUCGACACCCACAAAUCCAGACAAGCCCUACAAGUGCGACGUGUGCGGAAAGGCCUACAAAAAGGCCACCACGCUACAGCGCCAUCAGAAUUCCCACUGCACCGAGAAGCCACUCAAAUGCUCGCUGUGUGACCGACGCUUCCUGUCCUCCUCAGAGUUCGUGCAGCACCGAUGCGACCCUUCCCGGGAGAAGCCCUUGAAGUGUCCCGACUGUGAGAAGCGUUUCAAGUACUCCUCGGAGUUGCAGCGGCACAGACGCGUCCACACCGGAGAGAAGCCCUACAAGUGCGCCAGUUGUGACAAGGGCUUCAAGCAACGCGAACACCUGGCCAAGCAUCAAAGCGUGCAUGCGAGAGAUGCCCAGUUUAAAUGUGUAUGGUGUGGAGAGCGUUUUGCUGAUCUAGGAGCCCUUCAGGAGCAUACUGUCCAGCACACAGCUGAAGGUGGGGGGUAUCCUGUGUCCUCUCUCAUUCAGUAACUUGUGCUCCCAAUUACCAUUUGCAGAGGUAGUAGCAAUUUCUACUCCAGUCAAAUGAAUUCUUACAAGGCCCAGUGACUUCAUAGUACCUCAUUUUGUUCUAAACAUGCAUAUGCUCAACAAGUAGUUAUUCCCUUUUUGAUAUCAAGAGGCAUACUUUAAUUGGAUUUGAUCGGCGAAAAGUUAUUGAUUGCUGGUUUAUAUCUGAAUCCUGGGAGGAGGGAACGGGAGAUAUCGAACUCUAUCCCAGAUAACACUGUGACCCUAGUCCAGUAGGGUGGCAUUUGCCCUGCAUUGUGGUUCCUUGACCCGACAUGGCUCACAAUGCCCCCAUCAGAUCUUUAGAGCACAAGUCAAAAAACGAUUCGGUCUGCAACUAUUUGUUCAGUCUUGAUCCUUCAUAUUAAAUCAGCUAUACACUUUUGUUAGUACCUAGUAUGGUUCAAAUACUGCUUACUGUGUGCCUCUGCGUAAUAACUCUACUCCGAUCACUAGCCUUGGUCCAAUGUACACACAUUUGGAGCACCUCCGGCAGCCUACUGUGCGUAUUUAGUUCGCCCCACAGCUAACGACAAAACAAAAAGGGGGACAAAGUUAUGAACUGUUGAAACUGUCUGUAUAUGUCAAUGUUGACGUUCCCCUUGUCGUGGCAACUAAUGGUAUGUACCAAAAACCAUCAUUGUACUGUACCACACCUUAAAUGGGACAGAUCGUUAACCAGCAGAAGUAUAACGACCUCAGACGGUCUCUACAUUUCACUGAGAUUAUACGUAAAUAUAUAGAAUCUAUAUAGAAAUGUAAACUUCAAUCUUGUAUACAAACAGUUCAUAUUACCAUGAGAAUCAGUACAGCUGUCCUGAAAAUUGCCUAAAAAAACUGAAAAGGCUUCCCGUAUUACUGUAUGUACAGUUAGUAUGUAUGCAACUUGUUUACCAGUCCUGUCAUUAGAUAUUGCAUUGUCUUUCUUAAACUGCACCACCAUUUUAUAAGUAGUUUUCAUGUGAAGUUCUGAUUCAUACAUUCUUUAUAUUUUGUUUCUAAUUUGCCUUUUUAAAAUUUAUUUCAGCCUCUUUGUAGAUGUAGUUUGGAUUGUAAUUGGUGUGUUCAAGGUUGUGUGAAAAUUGAGUCUGAUUUUAUAAAGGUUUUUGCCCCAUGCCCUGACCACCCACUGCCCCAUACAGGACUCAUGUACUUGUUGUACAGUACCCUAAGUGUCAUUCUUCCUCUACUGUAUAGAUUUAUCCAUGUGUUUGAUCUCUAAUCUGCCAACACCAUGUCUUGCCUGCAGUCAUUUGCCUUUCGCAACAUGACGGCGAGUCAUUUUUUUGUUAUUCUUUCUAUCUCUAAGGCCUUGACUUAAACGCACAUCACUCUGAUGUUGUUAGUGAAUGUCUGUGUUGCAUACUCAUCAAACGAUAACCAGUACGUUCUUUUAAAAAAUUGUUUUUUAAACUGACACUUACUACAAUUGUAGUAUAUACAUAUUUAAUUUAGAGAGUAAGUGGUACUCAUACAAGAGUAAUCUUUGGUUUUUGAAUCAUGUACUCUCCUUUUUUAAUAUUAGAAAAAGCUCCCACUUUUUUUAUUGGUCUUCAAAACUGUUUUUGAAUAGAACAAGCUGUCCAAGUCUUCAUUUGCCUGCGUUGUUUCCCUCCCACCCACAUCACAAUUUUGCAUCAUCUUACCUGGGGCAAAAUGACAUUCUCAGCUCUGUUGCUUAUGCAGUAUUAUAUGUUGACCAUUGGCCCUUGAGGAGCGUCUCCCUCUUGCAGUUAGGUUUCGCCUAGUACUGUACAGCGAGGUGAUAGUGACACUUUGGCCUUAAGCAGGGGCGUCUAGUUUCUCUGCAGAGCCCUUUGCCUCCAAUUUGUUUCCCAUUUAUUGUAUCUAUUUACCACUGUUUUAAAUACCAAGGGGCUUUUUUAAACUGUAGGCAUUAAGAAUCAGCGAGCAGUCAGAUUUGAAAACUAUGUUGUGUUUAUGUUUUCAUGUUUUGUAUAUUAUUUUUUUGUAUUAAUAUUGUUUAAAAUCUCUAUAUAAAUAUCUAUAUUCUUGGCAGACGUGUCAGGACCACAGGGGAACGUUAAGAUUGAUGGCCUUCCUCUAUGGUUUUGAGACCUCUCCACCCCUGCAUGCCUGCUGUGUUAGUCCCCGUAAUCUGUUCCAGGUAUGUGCGCUUUCGAGUGCACAUACUUCUCCUUAGCUUUUUUUCAAAUUGUAGAUCGUGUAUGAGCUAGUAAGAAAACUUCAUGUGGCGGUUGAUGUGACAUUCAUGCUGACAUAUCUGUAUGUAGCAUUUAAUAUACACAGCACUAACUAAUAAACCUUUUCAUUAA